UUGGUCAGGGCUUUAGGGUAACCCAAAUUAAUUCCCCGCCAAAUUGAAACGUAAACAAGAAUUUUUAUCACGGACCCCGAUUGUUUUUUUCCGAUUUUAAACAGCACACAAUGGCAAGAAAAAGAAGAAAGCCGACUGUUUGCCAAACAAAGAAGUACUCUUACAUGAACCAACAAAAGCUAGAUAUAAUCAAAGAAAACCAACUUUCUUGCUCCAAACCAGCAGUUAAUAAACAUCAUAAAGGGAAUGAGAGGUUAUCUGAGAGUGAAGAUGAGAUGCCUUUAAAUUAUCCAACACGUCUGAUGUGCAGAGGUAAAGUCAAUGAUAGCGGACUCUGUAAUGAGGAUGGAGAAUACACUUGGAAGAAUGGUAGAAUUAUACUCCAGCUUGUAAAUGGAUCAUGGACAAUCAGCGUAGAAUAUGAAGCUAUACAGAAAUAUGUAGCACUAUCUUCAAACAUUAUAUGUGACCUCUCCUGUAACUCUGAACUAAAGAUACAGUUACGUCCAAAUGGAGGCUCUACACAACAUUGUAUGACGUUCGACUUUAAACCACACGCCAAUAAAGGGGAAGGUGAUAUGAGGAAGGUGUAUAAGAAACUGUUACAGAUACAAAAGAAGAAGGGUGUACAGCCAGCUAAAAAUAUAACACUGACCAACAGACCACCAUUUAAACAGAUUGAUGAAAACCGUGAUAAACCACGAGACAUUCAAAGUAAACAACAACCAACAAGUACAAGCCAAAUGCAAAAACCCCAAAACAAUCUAUCACCAUUGGCUUGUAGAGGCAAAAUUAAAUGUUUUAGAAGUGACCCGACCAAGUUACCAUGGAGAAGUGGGUCACUCAGUGUAGAACUUUAUCAAGGCAAAUGGACCUUGACCUUGGACUAUGACAUCAGACAAAGUGUCACACAGAAAUGUUACGAGCUCAGACCAGAUACUGUUAAAACCGUUGACUGUUUAACACAACUAAGAUUAACCUUAGAACUUGGUCAAAAGAGUUUUUUAUAUUUCCAUCUUAUUCCAAUGAAAUCUGUUGAGGAAGAGAAAAUGAAGAAUAUUUAUGAAAAGUUGUUGGAAAUUCAGAAGAUGAACGCUGUUCCUACAGUAAUAAAGAAUAUGUCUGAUUCUGAAGAUGAGAAUUUUAAGGAAUAUGAAAUUGAACCAACCAAGAAUAAAGUUCAGCCAGGUAGAAUAUCUCCAAGACAACCAAAAGUUACAACAAUGCCAGAAAGAACAUCUCCAAUGGAAAUUACAUUAAAUCAGAAUCUUGAUAAAGAAGCGCUAGAACACGUUGAAAUUUCGCCAUAUGAAACUGAGAUAACAGCUGACACAGAGAUAUCUAAUAUCCCAGCAUGCCAAAAUCUCAUUUCAACGGACACAGACUCUAGUAGCAAGGUGCCCCUUACACAGAAAACCCAACUGAAAUGUAGUGGAAAGAUGAAGCUGGUUGGAGAAGAGUUAUGUUUGCCUAAAUGGAGGGAUGAUGGAACGCUAAAAAUGAAGUGUGUAGAUGGAUCAUGGAAAAUGGAUUUAAAUUACUAUGUUAUAGGAGAUGGAAUGAUAAUAAUGAAAUAUAAUAUUUCUACAGGAAUUAUUAUAAAAGUAACAUGUAAAAGUCAACUGACAGUUCAGUUUAAACCUGCUGACAGCCUGCCUGUUGUAGUUCAUCUGAGACCUUAUACAGUCAAUGACAGAAAUAAUAUGAUCAAAGUGUUUCAUAAACUACGGGAGAUUCAGAGGAAUGAGGAAGUGAACCAGCCAGUGACUAGUAAUAAAAGAUCUGUCUCUGAUCUUUCACAUCAAGAAUCAAGAGAGGACACCAGUGGGAAAAGAAUGAAAAUUUUGCCUGAUACAAGUGAGGGCCUGACAGUAAUUCAAGCCGGAGCAACACUGAAUGACGAAUUGAUCAAAGUUCUUGAAAGAGCCGCCACAAAACCAACAAUAAUCCAAGCUUGCAGUCAGAAUGCUCAGGACUUAAACGAAGAUGAUAUGAAGAACAUUGCUGAUGUGUGUAGAAACUGUAAACAUAAUAAAAUACUUGUAACACAUAGGACUGCUAAAGUGGUAACAUUUGCUGAAUAUCUUGCCAAACAGGAUUUACAUAAAACUAUCUUACUAGCUGCAGAUGACCUUGAACUUACGGCUGAUUUUAAUGUUGGAUUCACACUUGGGAUUUUACAGUGUUUAUCUGAGAGAGAUAUUUAUAUUAUCAGGGAUGGAAGAUUGAUUCAUUGGUCAAAAGUGUCACAUGAUAUAGCAUAAGCAAGGCUAUUGGUUAACAGCUGAUUGUCACAUGAUAUAGGAUAAGCAAAUUCCUUGGUUCAAGGAAAAGUUGAUUCAUUGGUCAUAAGUGAUGCAUGAUAUAGCCUAACCAUGGCCAUUGGAUCAAAACGGAUUGUCAUAUGAUAAAGAAUAAACAAAUUAGUUGGUUUCAAAUGAAAAUAGAGACAAGUCAACUAUGUGUACCAUAAAUAAAAUUGCAAAUCCACAAUUACAGCUGAUAUGGAGAGAGUAUAACUUUACUGUUGUGUAUAGUGCUCAGAACUCACAUCUCACAAGUGAAAUUCUUAUAGUGCUUUGGUUUGAGUUUUAUUAUAAGGUUUUAUGAUCACAUUAAUUUGUCCGAACUGUUUUAUUAAUUUUAAGCAUUACUUUUAUGAUUUUAUGAUGACUAAUUUCUGAGGCAAUCAAGAAC